AUGAAAUACGCUCUCUCUACCAUCCUCCUCACCACCCUCCUCGCCACUCCCUCCCUCUCCACCCCGGCGCCCGACGUCGUCAGCGACGCCAUCGGAGUCGCCCAAACAAUCGUCUCUGGCGGUGAAUCCGUGGCAACCAACAUCGCCAACGACGCGACCUCCAUCGCCUCAGACAUCAGAACCGGCGGCGGCGCAGCCUACUCCUCCCUGACCUCCGACGCCGGGGACGUGGCCUCGAACGCCGAAUCCUGGGGCACGUCCGUGGCGUCGAAUGCGCGGUCUGAUGCGUCGGCCGCGGCAUCGGAUAUCAGAUCUAAGGCGUCGGAUGUCGCCUCAGAGAUUACCUCGAAAUGGGAGAGCGCGACGACCUUGACGGGGUCGAAUGGCCAGCCGACGAGUACGGAGACGGUUAGUGGGAAGACGACGCUGACUGCUAGCACGGCGAGUGCGACGGGUACGAGUGCUAGUGGAUCCAGUGCUAGUGCGACGAGUUCGACGAGUGAGGGCGCGGGCGUGGCUAUGGCGACGCCCGGAGUUGGGUUGGGGCUGGGAGUUGCGGGUGUCGCGGGUGUUUUGGGGGUUAUGGCUGCUUUGUAA